UCCAGAGCUAAAGCCUCCAGUGAUGCCGGAGAAUGUGAUUCUGCACCGAUCAGGCUGUUUCCUCUCACUAAUCAUCUCAUUUGGGCGACGCAAAAUAGGGACGACUUCGAUCAGAAACAAUACAUCGGAUCAUGUGACGAUAUGACUGACAGGUGUAGCAGUCAUCAUGCUGUAACUGGGACAUCACGGUGCUGGGGACGGUCUCACCAUGAAGGGCUCCAGCUCCAGAUGGGCCUUCUCCCUGGGCUUCUUGGUCGGGGCCUGCAGCAUCUACUUCUUCCUGCGCCAGGUGUGGUUUGAGAGGAGCUACCCCGUGCUGACAGAGGCUCAGGAACAAGCCACAGCGGUGUCGGAGAGACCAACCAGCUGGAGGAAGGAGGGAGCCGCUCUCAUCAACCUGCUCCACCCUCAUCAUGCAGAUGAAGACAGCCGGGUGGCAGAUGCAUUGUACCAGAAGGUACGGGUUCUCUGCUGGGUGAUGACGGGGCCGUAUAACCUGCAGAGCAAGGCCCGCCAUGUCAGGGCCACCUGGAGUCGCCACUGCAACGUGGUGGUGUUCAUGAGCUCCGAGGACGACCCGGACUUCCCCACUGUGGGCCUGGGCACCAAGGAGGGCCGCGACCAGCUCUACUGGAAGACCAUCCGAGCCUUCCAUUAUGUCUAUGAGCACCAUGCAAGUGAAGCCGACUGGUUCUUAAAAGCAGACGAUGACACCUACGUGGUGGUGGACAACUUGCGCUGGAUUCUGUCCAACCACACCCCUGAAGAGCCCGUCUACUUUGGCAAACGCUUCAAGCCGUACACCAAGCAAGGCUACAUGAGCGGAGGGGCCGGCUAUGUGCUCAGCAAAGAAGCCCUCAAGAGAUUCGUGGAAGGUUUUCGCACCAAAGUUUGCUCGCACACCACACCUGUGGAGGACUUGGCGCUGGGGCAGUGUUUGGAGAAGAUGGGCGUCCUGGCGGGCGACUCCAGGGACACUUUGCAUCGAGAGACUUUCCACCCGUUUGUGCCAGAGCACCAUCUAACUGGCAAGUUCUCCAAGAGCUUCUGGUACUGGAGCUAUUGUUACUACCCAAUUGUUGAGGGUCCGCAGUGCUGCUCUGACCUGGCAGUAUCUUUCCAUUAUGUAGAAGCAGAGCUGAUGUACACGCUUGAGUACUACACUUAUCACCUGAGAGCGUACGGCUACAGGCCACGCUACCGGCCCUCCUUACGCCUGCAGGGUCUGAGCCUCGACCCGCUCUCACAGACGGCGGGACUCAAAGGGGUUCAGGAGGUGACGGACGGAAGGAGUCACACAACUUUAGCCCUCUAUGUUAGUGGAAACCAAACUAAAGCAGAGACGGAGCUGGAGAAAGGGGGGAAAGACGAUCUAAACUCUCGCAUCACUGAGAACAGGACUGCAGUCACUCACCGCUGAUUCUGUGUUUAAGCUGGGGUGAUUUCCCUACAGUGUGUCAGCUAGUGUUUUCUCCUGACAGGUCUUCCUUGAUCUGAUCACAGUAUGAUUCCAGCCAGUGUGACACUGUAAGCACUCACAGUGAGAGUGGUUUACAGUUUUGAAUAUGAUUCAGUGGCAGCUCUGUAUGGCUUUGGCUAUUUUCAACCGAGAUAAGUUUGACAUAAUCAGCAUUUUAAUUUAUGAAUUUAUGAUGUUACACAGUCACAGGGAUGUGCUUGGAGCGAUGCAGGAAGAUGCGCAUAGAAUGUUAUUUUAAUGUAUUUUACAAGAACCUGAUUUGAGCCAAUAAUGCAGCAGCAGAAGUAUGAAAAGAUUGAAUCAUUGUUAAUUCACUGUUUUAUUUUAUUUUUUUCUUGAAAUGGAGAGCAGCGAUAAAUUGCAGUCCGUGUUUGUGUCACAACUUCAAAAGGUUUAGCCUCUUUUCUAUACAACAUCUUUGCUUUUCUGGUGUUAAAUCUGAUGUUCAUGGUUUUACUUUUCAGAAGUUUAAUUUUAAUAAUUUGAAAUUGAGUUUUUUAGGCUUUCUGAAACAACAUGCAAUAUUUAAAAUUACAAUUUUUGUUUUUACUCUGUGUCCGUUUGUUUUUUUCCUUUGAUUUCCUUUUCAACCAUCUGCAGUUGAAUAGUUAAAGCAGACUCUUCAUCCACAGCCAGCAGUGAUACGAUGUCUGUUUCAGUAGGAACAACAACUGUGCUGUUUAAAAAUGUUUUUUUUUCUUUUUACCUUUGAGUGAGAUGAGAUGCUCUGAUAUGAAAGUGCAUACUUGAAACCCCCUGUACUUCUUUUUGAGAACACUUCUGAUGAACACAGUAUUACACAAUGCAUCCCUCUUGUGAAGUAAUUUUAUAUAACCCAACAAUAAACAUGGUAGCAGCUGUGAUUGAACAUUACUGUCUGUACUGGUGUCGAGCUUGAAGAAUCACUCAUAAACAGCUGCAGGAAAAUGCACCGACGUUUUAAAAUGAAUAAAUGAUGUAUAAAAAA